AUGGCAACUACUCAGCCGACUGAGUUUCCAUCGCUUAGCGAUAGCCGCCUACCAUCAAGCGGACGAGAUAAGCAGAUCUUGGUGCAACUCAAGAGUGUUUGGGAUGAACACUCGGACACGUGGGACGAGGAAACCAAGCGAGAGCUCGUUAAUUAUAUCCUCAAAGGAUACACUAAAACAACAAAGUCUAGCCAGAUUUACCCAAGCUGCUAUUGCCUCUGGCAAGCUGACAACCCGACCUUCGCCAGAUGGGUAGUUCUCCGAGUCACUUAUGACGAGGACAAACUCUCAACGCCCAGAGAAUGGCUUCGACAUCAAUACGAGACCUUCGACCCCCAGUCUUGGGCAAGCCCUGUGUCCAAGAAGCCAUUAAAAGCCCAAGGAACGAGAUGUGAAAGUGGGCCUUUCUCAGAGGAUGACCUUGGGACACUUUGGAAGUCUCAGGAGUCCAAGUCUCUUCGGUCGGCUGAGUCUAUGGAGAUCUGUGACAACGAGAGCGAUUACGACAAAACCCACGGCGACGGGACUUAUAAAUACGACCGCCACGACAACAGUGAUCAAGACGAAACAAAUGACAAGGCGAUAACCCGAAGUAGAUUCAGGGCGGUGAAUGUUCCUGAGCCUGGCCGAGACCUAUCACGAAAGCGUGGUGCGUCUAAUGCUUCUGUAAAUCUCUGUACAAAGUUGCAGAAGACAGACUCCCUCAGAACUCCAUCAUCAACUGAGGAAGCCCAUCUACCCAAGGCCUCCGGUCAAUCAACUGCACAAACAGCCGAUGUCCAGGCUCGCCCUCGUCCUCUGCAGUGGAGAGCUAACCUUCAAGAGCUUAGAUUACCUGUGCGUGGUCCGCGUCAAAGCCAGCCCGCACUCAACCUCGACGCUUCAGCUGGCGGCCAGGCCUAUUUAUCGCCUAAUCCGACAGUAGUUUCGUUCACGUAA